CAGUGACUCCGGGAACGCCGGAAGCGCUGGGGAAUGGGGAGGUUGUGACGGUUUCGUCCGCGUCGAAGGGGCGGGUGGUCCCUAGAGUGGCAGCGGUAACCGUGAGGCGUGGCACGACCCGAGCCUUAACGAUAGAGUUGGACCUGUCGCGCCAGUCGCCAACCAGCAGUUCCUUGCCCCGCUAAGUGCUGUCCCGGAGCGCCAUUCCGUACACCCGCCAGCGAGCCGUAACUGCCGCCCACCUUCAGCUCUUUCUCUUUCCUUUCGCUCAGCUUAAGGGAAGCGUGAAAGACUUGGGAACGCCCCAAGCCAUUUCUGCCGCUGCCUAUCGCAAGUGCCACUACUGUCAUGGGCCUCACCAUCUCCUCCCUCUUUUCUCGACUCUUUGGCAAGAAGCAGAUGCGCAUUUUGAUGGUUGGAUUGGAUGCUGCUGGCAAGACAACUAUUCUGUACAAACUGAAGUUAGGAGAGAUCGUUACCACCAUUCCUACCAUUGGCUUUAAUGUGGAAACAGUAGAAUACAAGAACAUUUGCUUCACAGUGUGGGAUGUUGGUGGUCAAGACAGAAUAAGACCUCUCUGGAAGCAUUACUUCCAGAAUACCCAGGGUCUUAUUUUUGUUGUAGAUAGCAAUGAUCGUGAAAGAAUUCAAGAAGGAGCAAAAGAGCUGCAGAAAAUGCUUCAGGAAGAUGAGUUGAGAGAUGCAGUGGUACUGGUUUUUGCGAACAAACAGGAUUUGCCAAAUGCUAUGGCCAUCAGUGAAAUGACAGAUAAAUUAGGUCUUCAGUCACUUUGUAACAGAACAUGGUAUGUACAAGCCACUUGUGCUACACAAGGAACUGGUCUGUAUGAGGGGCUUGACUGGCUGUCAAACGAGCUUACGAAACGUUAAGUGAAACUGGACAUCUAACCAAGGACAUGUUGGAUAGAAUUGGUCUAGCCUUGUUACAACACGGUUAGUGUCCAUCUUGGUUACUAAACAGUUUCUGGGCCAGGUUUGGGCAGAAUAUUCCAGCAAUUAAACUUAUUUUAUUGCCAA